GCAACAGAUACAACCACCACACCACAACAGCCAACACAACAUGAGGCCAUUGACCGAGGACGAGACCAAGGCGGUCUUUGAGAAACUCACCAACUACAUCGGCAAGAACCUCGUCCACCUCGUUGACCGCGAUGAGGACGACCAGUACUGCUUCCGUCUGCACAAGGACCGCGUCUACUACCUCCCGCUGCCAAUGCUCCACCUCGCAACGUCAGUAGCGCGCCCCAACCUCAUCUCGCUCGGCACCUGCCUGGGCCGCUUCUCCAAGUCGGGCAAGUUCAAGCUCGGCGUGACGUGUCUCGACUGGCUGGCAAAGUACGCAAAGUACAAGGUGUGGAUCAAGCCGGCGGGCGAGCUGCCGUUCCUGUACGGCAACCACGUCGCCAAGGCGCACCUGGGCCGCAUCACCGAGGACACGCCAGAGCACCAGGGCGUCGUCGUGUUCAACAUGGCCGACAUGCCCCUCGGCUUUGGCGUGACGGCCCGCUCGACCAUCCAGACGCGCGACCUCGACCCCGCAGGCAUCGUCGUCUUCCACCAGGCUGACGUCGGAGAGUACUUGCGAGACGAGGAUACGAUGUUCUAGAGUUUUGGUCACCUAGUCAUGUUGUUCAUGUAUGCAUUUAGUGGAGUUUG